UCGAACGCACGCGCAUGUCCCGCGACGUCAGCUUUGUGUAACACAAUAACUUCAGUUUAUGGUGACCACGAUGAGCUGGGAUCAAGAUCACAAGCCGACAGAAAAAUUAGAGAUCAACGAAGCGGUUGGGAAGCUUCUACUAUCCUUUAACUAUGAUACUAUUUUGCCACAACCUACCAAAGGUGGAGGGUGUAUGCGUCGUGCGCACGUGAAACGCCCAAUGAACGCGUUUAUGGUGUUCGCACAAGCGAUGCGCAGGCGCCUCUCUGAAGAACGUCCGUCGCUGCACAAUGCGGAGCUUAGCAAAUCACUCGGGUCUAUGUGGAAAAGCCUGAGCGAAGAUGAAAAGCUUCCUUUUGUGAAGGAAGCGGAAAAAUUACGAACUCAGCAUAAGCGGGAGCAUCCCGACUACAAGUACCAGCCGCGACGGCGCAAACCACCACCGGCUUCCACAGCCAGACUAAAACAGGAACCCACGCCAGAACGCUACGCUCCACAAAUCGACUUCUCACGGAUUGAAGUAGAUGGAGCCCUAUUAGCUGAUGGCCCGCCUGAUGGUGCUGAGCUAGAUCAGUAUCUGAAGCCAACUCCAAUACCAGACUACCAUGAAAUGCAACCACGUUACUCUCAUACUUUGACACACCAUCCUCCGGGACUGUACACUCCUGUCCCGUCUCAUUUACAUCCGCCCUGUGGAGACUGGCAACACUACCCGGGACAUCCUUAAUAUUUUUGUAAAUUAUCUUGAAUUCUUCAAAGAUCAAUGUUUCUUUUGACUUUUAUCACUACCCGAAUGUAAAAUUAAAAUUAGGUCAAAAUAUACUGUAGGUAGAGUAAGGAAUAAGUAUCACAUUACCACAUGUAUUCCGAUCAUAUCGUUUCACGCACACGUGCAUUUGAUCAUCGCAAAGCAAACAUUUAUUAGGAAAACAUGAUAUCUUAGAUCUACAUAUCUUUCCGGGUGUGAUAAAGUGAGCUAAAUAUAAAUAUAAUUAAUGUAACUAAUAUUAUUUCCAAAAACGUAAGGUACGUGUUCCUCAAAUUAAAAUUUCCAGAGUAAUGUAAUAAUG